AUGGAAAACAUACAGGUUCCUACAAGUCUGCCCGAGGUUGAGCAGUUAAUCCAUGAGCUGUACAAGCCGAACCCUGCCGACAGGAUAACUCAUAUUCAAGACGUCCUUCAGCGCCUGCAGAGGUCACCGCAAGGAUGGCAGCUUGCCCAGGGCUUGCUUGCCCGUCCUGGCGACAACAUAAAGUUCUUCGGAGCCUUGACCAUCAUCGUAAAGCUGAACACGGAAAGACUCCCCGAUGAUGAUGCCAGAUCUGUGCUACAGACCUUAAUCACCUGGCUCAUCAACUCCCUCCAAGACGGCUCGGGUCCUGUUGUUGUCAGGAAGCUCUGCUCUGCCCUCGUCACAUACUUUAUUCACUACUCCCACACCUGGGUGAAAUGCGUGCGCCACAUCAUCCACUGCCUGGAUCUUAACGCAAGUGUGCCGGUCGACGACGUUAGGGACGUUGCUCCCAUCGAGCACCUGGUCCAGGCAUUGGAACCCCGGAAAUUUCUUGCUGCCAGCUGGUUUGCUGCCGCUCUAGCCGAAGAGACAGAAAAGGUUGACACAAAAUCCACCAAGCACAUUGGUCUUCACGAGCACGUUCUGGGCAACGCCGACGAUGUGGCCUCCUUAAUGGCUAGUGCUCUCAAGCCUGUGGGUGGCGCUACGAGUAUACAGAGCCAAAAGGAGGCAAUCCACUGCUUGCAGGCGUGGUUCGUGUACGCCCAGCGUACUCUCAAGCAGCCUCUGAUCCAGAACCUCCAAGCACUGGUGCAACCUACGAUACGCUGCCUUCUUGUGGAUAACUUAUAUGAGAUUACGGUCGAGCUCCUCACUGAUACCCUGGGAAAUUGGCAGCAGUUCUUUACACGUGAUCAUUACGACUCCCUCUAUGCUCUCUUUGAGAGCCCGUGGGCCCAGCAACGAUAUCAUGAUCUUGUAGGGGGUGAUUUCGAGUUUGACUCUGUUCAAUUCGGAUUAUUCAUGUUGGCGUUUGGCGAUGCCCAAGUGGUCGAGAUGAUGGACGCAACCGAUGCAAGAGCUCAAAGCUUUCUUGCUGGCUUGGCUGGACUCUUGACCGCACAAGGGCACCCCGCCGCCGAUGACAAGAUCUUCGUUCCAGCCCUGGAGUUCUGGGCAGCAUUCGUCGAGAACCUGGUGGACACACUCUUUUCCAAGUCAACCGAAAACCUUCCUUGGGGCAAGCCGCCCUUGUCACAGGUGAUGCAAGUUGUCUCGUACAGCUGGCAGAAGAUACAGUAUCCACCGCUGAGUGUAUAUAACUCUUGGGACUCCACGGAGAAAGCUGGCUUCGGCGACGCGCGGAAAGAUGUGGCAGACUUCUUGCAGUCCGUUUAUACUAUUUCAGGGAUGCCCUUGAUCUCGCUCUUCGUAGAUCUGGUGCUGCAGGCUCUAGCCAAGUCGGCUUGGACAGAACUCGAAGCUGCUUGUUUCUGCCUAGGCGCCCUAUCCGACUGUGCGUCAGAAGGUACCUCUUACGAUGAUGCACUCACGAAAGUGUUUGGCUCUGCAUUGUUCGACCUGCUGCGUCAGGGGCAGGAUGUCGUGCCCAUGCGAGCGAGGCAAACAUGUCUGUACCUCAUUGAACGUUAUUCUGAUUACUUCGUGCGACAUGCCGACUUCCUGCCAGCCGCUUUGAACUUACUCUUCAGCGCCGUGGGUCAUCGGCAUCUAGCACUCCCUUCCUCCAAGUCGAUCAACACCCUAUGCUCUUCCUGCCGGUCCUUAUUGACUUCUGAGGUUGGCGCCUUCCUCGAGCAGUACGAUUCCCUACGGAGUAAUCCUGAAUUUGACUCUCUAGCCGAGGAAAGAGUCGUUGGUGCCAUCGCCUCUAUCAUACAGACGAUUCCAGAUGGAGCCAGUAAAUCAAAUGCUAUCCGAAGAUUGCUGAUCUUGGUCGGUGUGGAUGUGGAUAAUAGUCUGCGGCUGAAGUCCUCCGAGGCUGGUGCCCUGAUCAAUCCUGAUGACCCAAUGGUUUCCCGAGCCUUCGACGUCUCUCAGCGCCCAACAGCACCAGUACUAGCAGAUGACACAUCCUUGCAGUUAGCUAUUCGCGCCCUUCGUUGUCUCGCGAGCAUCGCAAAGGGACUACAAGCCCCCGUGGACCUGGAUGCUGGGGACGAUGAUAUCCAAACAGCUAGGAAUACAGACCUCGAACAGGUCCACGUGGAUAUAAUGGGCAUCUUGAUGCGCCUAAAAGACCUGUUCUCAGGUAACAGUGAAGUCGUAGAUGUCAUCUGUGCUGUCUUGCGCGCCGGUCUCUCCGAAACAGAACCAGGGCCAUUCGUAUUCCCACCGCUAAUGGUGACCGGGCUGAUCACCAGCAGUUGGAACAAUCGUGUCGCUACAGUUGUCAACACAGCCAGUGCAUUUGUGAGUUCUUUGAACGCAGGGAGGUACAAGCAGCAUAUUGCACCAACUCUCGGACAGCUCUUGCCUUGGGUUUUCAACCUUUUGCACCAACUCCCCGAACCCGAGAGCGACCCUGAACUAUCGCAAUAUGGCAUUGAAUUUGCCCAGAGAGUUUUGGCAAGACACCCAGAGAUCCUCAUGUCUCAGGCUUCCGACAUGCUCGAGUUCGUCUUCCUCUUUGCUAUCAAACUUCUCAAUGGGAGCGAGCCACUCCCUAAGGCAGCAGCAACCGAGUUCUGGACAACGUUCAUCACUGCCAAGUCAGACGACCAGAAUACUCAGGCCACGCUCAAUAUCGCGAUGUCCCAUCUGGGGCCCCAGCUAUGUCAAUGCUUGGUGCAGAACAUCGGAGGGAGAGCAUCACGCAGCGAGUUGGACAAACUCAGCGACCCAUUGAAGAAGCUGGUUGUGCAACAUGUGCACGCUCAGAAGUGGCUGGAAGCGGCUCUAAACGACCCUGCUUUUCCCAGUGACAAGGUCUCGACCGGGGAGAAAGCCCUGUUCCUGAAGAAAGUGAUGAGUCUUCGAGGCGCAAGAGCCACCAACCAGGUGGUGCGGGACUUUUGGCUCGCUUGCAGGGGCUCCAACUUUACGUACGCAUCGUGA